AUGGGAAUGGCGGGAAUGGGACGAAUGUCAACGGCAGCGACAAGUGAGAGAGGCCUGCAUGGGGGGGAGCCGGAGGUCGCGGCGGCAGAUCAAGACUUACUCACCGCGUUGAACCGCGGCUUAAACCGCGGGAUGAGCCACGAGCCUCCUGUGGGUGCGCGUGCUGGCGUGGGAAUGGGUGGCUCUGCCUCUGCCCUUGCUGGUGCAGGCAUGGACUCUUCCUCCGCGCCUACAGGCCGCACGGCUGUGUUUCGACCAGCUGACACGCUCGAGGGGCACGGGAGGCAUGGGGGAGGCGAGUGGCACGAGCGGAGGGAUGGGCGCGAAGGGCGUGGGCGCAGCGUUGGCGCAAGGGAUGCGUCAUAUGGCGGGGCGAGUCACCAUGUGACCCCCCCGCAAGUCGUGGCGCAGCAAGCUCUGAUACCACAAGUCAUGGCCCCACAGAUGCAGCAAGGCAUGGCACAGAACUCGCAGCCGAGCCUAGAGCCCAUGCUUCAUCGACAGCCACGUCAGGAGUCUGUGCCACGUCAGCAGGCACUUCAGGAGUCUGUGCCACGUCGUCAGCCGUUUCAAGAUCCCAUGCCACGUCAACAGACGUUUCAGGAGCCCGCGUCACGUCAGCAGCCGUUUCAGGAGGCUGUACCACGUGAGCAGCCCUGCCAGCAGCCCACGCCGCGUCAGCAGCCUCGGCGGGAGUGGUGGCUUGAUGCGAUAGGUGAAGGGGAGCUGAUUCAGGUCCCGAGGGACAGUGCAACGGCCGACACCAGGGCGAGCGUUCAAGUGGGUACUCUUGAAACGGGCGCUGCUGCUGGUAUUGGGUACGAGAGGCUUCAAGGGCAGGCGGAAGCUGGCGAGAGAGUUCAAUUUGAAACGCUUGAUGAUUUCCAGAUUCGCAAUAACGAGUAUGGGAACAGUGCUGGCGUUGGCUUGCAGGGGUUGCAAGGGAGGCAGCAGGGGGAUGGGCAGAUGCGAGGGGGGAGAGAUGAGAGUGGACAGCAGCAGCAGCCAGAACCCCACCAAGUGCUGCUGCAGCAGCAGCAGCAGCAGCAGCAGCAGCAGCAGCAGCAGCAGCAGCAGCAGCAGCAGCAGCAGCACUACGAGCAUCAGCAACAGCAACAGGUAGAGCAGCAAGAUGACCUUAUUCUGCCAAGCACUGUAAGCCCACUUGCACAACUUCCCAGCGCAGUGGCGGUGACUGAAGCACCAGGUUCAGAGCUGAUGGACGGUGGUGACGAGGACAUGGACAAUGCUGACGUGGACAUGGACAGUGCUGAUGUGGACAUGGAUGCUGCUGACGUGGACGUAAACGAGCUUGUUCUGCCCGGUGAAGAGGCCAAUGAAGCUGUGACUGGUGCCACCUUCCACCCCGCUGCUGCCACCCCUGUUGCUUCCCCUGCAUGUGCCUCUGCUGCGGCUUCUGCCAGUGCUGUUGCUUCUGCCACUGCUCCCACUGCUGCUGCUGCUGCCACUGCUUCUGCUGCUGCUGCUGCUGCUGCUGCUGCUGCUGCUGCUGCUGCCGACUCUGUGGGUGCGCGAUGGCAGCGAGUGAACUGGAUUGGCAACAGGCACACGGCACUUCCGCACCCUCCGCUGCAGCAGCAGCAGGUGCGGCAGCAACAGCAACAGCAACAGCAGCAGCAGCAGCAGCAGCAGCAGCAGCAGCAGCAGCAGCAGCAGCAGCAGCAGCAGCAGCAGCAGCAGCAGCAGCAGCAGCAGCAGCAGCAGCAGCAGGAGCAGCAGCAGCAGCAGCAGCAGCAGCAGCAGCAGCAGCAGCAGCAGCAUCAGCAGCAGCACCAGCAGCAGCAGCAGCAGCAGCAGCAGCAGCAGCAACAGCAGCAGCAGCAGCAUCAGCAUCAGCAUCAGCAGCAGCACCAGCAGCAGCAGCAGUUGCAACAGCCGCCGCCACAGCAGCAGCAACAGCAGCGGCAGCAGCAGCGGCAGGGGCAACAGCAGCGGCGGCAACGGCGGGGGCAGCAGCAGCAACAGCAACAGGUUCAGCAGCAGCAGCAGCAUCAGCAGCAGCAAGCCUCAAUAGUAGCCCCGGCCAUUCAGGGCUCCGCAGCAACACCUUCCACGCUCCUUCCUGGGCGCGAAGCUUCUGUGCAUCUUCCCGCAGAGGAACCUUCCGCACACCUUCCAAGCCUUGCUGCUGCUGCUGGCGCCGCCUGUACUGCCGAUGCGGCUGCCACUGCUGCAGCUGGUGCUGCUGGUGUUGGCGGGAGUGGCAGCGUGGCAGCAGCGGGGAGAGGAAGGGGUGGAGGAGCUUUGCUGGUGGGGCAGGGCAGAGGCAUGGGUAGGGACAUGGGUGGGGGCAUGGGUGAGGGCAUGCAUGGAGACAUGGGUGGGGGCAUGGGUGGGGGCAUGGGUGGGGGCAUGGGUAGGGGCAUGGGUGGGGGCAUGGGUAGGGGCAUGGGUAGAGACAUGGCUAGGGACAUAGGAAGGGGCAUGGAUGGGGGCAUGGGCGAGGGCAUGGGUAGGGACAUGGCUAUGGACAUGGGUAUUGGCAUGGGUAGGUUCAUGCCUGGGGGCAUGGCUGGGGACAUGGGUAGAGGCAUGGCUGGGGACAUGGGUAGAGGCAUGGGUGGGGACAUGGGUAGAGGCAUGGCUGGGGACAUGGGUAGAGGCAUGGCUGGGGACAUGGGUAGAGGCAUGGGUAGGGACAUGGGUAGAGGCAUGGGUAGGGACAUGGGCAGAGGUAUGCCAGGGGGCGGAGGUGGAGGUAUACCUGUGGGAAUGGCAGGAGCAGCGGCAGCGGCAGCAGCAGCAGGAGAAGGGCUGGACGGAGGAGUGGAUUGGGAGAUAGAGAUGGGGAGCAUGCCCUUGGAUGAGGAUGGUGAUGACGGUGAUGAUGGCACUGAGCCGUGGCCGUCCGAGGGAGUACGGGAGGCGGGAGGAGCGGCGGGAGGAGGAGCAGAUGCAGCGAGUGCAGCAGCAGGAGCGGAUGGGGUGGGAACAGAACGGGCAGCAGCAGGCGCGCAAGGUGAGGCAGCAGCAGGAGGGGGGGCAGCAGCAGAUGGUGGGGCAGCAGCAGCAGCAGCAGCAGCAGCAAGGGGGGAAGGCGGGGUGGAGGACGAGGGGGAGUGGCAGCCUAUUCGGUUGCGGAAGGGGCGGCCGAAGAGGCAGAACAAGCUGGAUGUGCCGACGAAGCGGGAGAUGUGCGCCCUCAAGCGCUUGCGGCCGGGCCUCACCCACGCUAACAUCAUUCAGCUGCUGCAGAUCCGCUUCCCUGGGCUGCGAAUGGAGUCGUCGCACGUAACCAAGAUAAUAAAGGACGAGAGCCGGUGGUUUGACGAGCGGAACGUGAGAUUUGUGCACAACAUGCGCGUGCGCAUGCCCGACUGUUACGCACUCGAGGAGGCUCUGGCAGCGUGGUACAAGGAGGAGCGCAUGCACGGCCGCAUUCCGCUGUCUAGAGUCUCUGGCAAGGCCCGGGAGCUUGGCCCUCUGCAUGGCGCCCCGGCAGACUUCAAGUACAGCACCGGAUGGGUGAUGCGGUUUCAAGAGCGGUGGGGGUUCUCAAAGAAGCAUCUGGAGGCAGCGAGGGAAGCACACUUUCAGGAAGAGGAGGAGGACGACGGGGAGGGGGAGGGGGCGGGUGGGGGUGGGGGUGGGGGUGCUGCUGCUGCUGAGGGGGAGAAUACUGGCCCUUCACUUCUAGAGCUUGCUGAUCGGAUGUUUGGGCCUGAGAUUAGGGAGGCUGGGAGGGGAGGUAGGGGUCAGAGGAGGAGGAGGCAGAGGGAGUGGACUGCGGAUGGACGCGAGGUGAUAGAUUUGGAGAGUGUGGAGGAUGAGGAGGGCGGGGAAGGGAGUGGGGAGGACGGGGAUGAGGAGGGGGAGGAGAGGGAGGAGGAAAGUGAGGAGGAAAGGGAGGGGGAGAGGGACGGUGAGGGUGGAGGGGAGGAGAUGGGGCAGGUGGUGGAAACACAGGAGGGAAUGGAAGUGCGUGGGGAAGGGGGAGUACGCGAGGGAGGGGGGGUGCGUGAGGGAGGGGGAGUGCAUGAAGGGGGAACUAGCCCUCGUUCACCCACAGCUCAAACCACCACCCUAGCAGAUCGCUCCCCUCGCCCCACCCUAGCAGAAUUGGCUCUAGCAGAGGCGAUUGCAGAUGGCACGAUAUCAGAUGAAGGCGGGUCCCUCCGUGUGAGGGGUGACUUGGCAUCCCUUGCUCUGGCUGAAGCCACAGGAGCCCUGCCUGCUGCUGCCAUUGCUGCUGCUGGGGAUAUUCUGUCCGUCCCUGCUGGCCCUGCUGCUUGUGCUGCGUCUGGUGUUCCUGGGAAAAAGCUGCCAGCGCGGCAGCAGAGGCAGCGGCGGCGGCAGCAGCAGGUGGGGAGGGGUGGACGGGAGUCACGGCGGGGAAUGAAGUACCAGACUCGGCGACAUUUCAACCUCACAGUGAAAUUCAAACGAGCAAUGUGCUUGCUCCAACAGGCCGUGCCUGAGUUGCGGGUCAAAGGGCUAUUGCGGCUGAUUACCCAGGAAUGUGAGGGUAAGUUGCUCGAGAGCGUACCAUACUGCAACAUUCGCAAAAUGCUGAGCCAGAGGGACUAUUACCUCCGGUCUCAGGACCUGGAGAACCGUUUCCGGUUUAGAAAGCCGAAAUACCCUGAAUUUGAGAGGGCACUCGCAGAGUGGGUGCGUGAAAUGAAGGGCAAGUAUGGGGAGGAUGUUCUAGUGUAUGAGGAUGUGAAGGGGUAUGCGAAGCAGCUAGGGGCACGCAUGGGCGUGCGGAAAACCUUUACUUACAGCCAUGGUUGGGUGGCUAGGUUUUUGCGCCGACAGGGGCUGAACUUGAAGAGUAUUAGGAGGGAUGUGGCGAAAAGGGGAGAGUCUGGGGCGGGUGGGGGCGGGGGUGGGGAAGGCGGGGAGGGGAGGGAAGGGGGGGAAGGGGAGGGGGAAGGGGAGGGGGAAGGGGAGGGGGAAGGGGAGGGGGAAGGGGAUGAGUUAGGGACGGAUGGAGAGAGGGGAGGUGUGACUACAGACGAUGGUGCCAGUACUGAUGGGGGCGGUGAGGGAGAGGGGGAAGACGGCAGAGGGGUGGGAGGGGGGAGGGGGGAGGAAAGGGGGGACGAGGAGGGAAGAGAGGAAGGAGGGGAGACAGCAGGAGGGGAGGCAGCAGGAGGGGAGGCAGCAGCAGGAGCGGAGGCAGCAGCAGGAGGGGGUGCAGCAGCAGGGGAUGCAGCAACAACAGAAAAGGCAGAGGAAAAGGCAACAGCAGCGAGGGAGGCGGACGAGCUGGCAGGGAGGAUCAUGGCGCUGAUAGAGAAGAUCAAGGCAGGCGAGGAGGUGGCAGCUCUGCAGGCCGAGAGGCUUGCCUGCCGCAGAGGAGGAGGCAGGGUCCGAGGCAGGCGGCCGGGGUACCUUGGUCACACCACCACCACCGCCGCCACUGCAACAAACAACAACGACGGUACUAACGGUGGUAGCGGCGGUGGUAACACCACCGGUGGUGUGAAGCAACGCACGCAGGUGCCGCUGCCGCUGAAGCUCGCCGCGUGCGCCGUCUACCGCGCCCGCCCCGACCUCCCCCACGUGAUCGUGCACCAGACCCUGCAGAAGCGGUACAAUGUGAAGCUAGAGCGGUUGAAAGCGGCCAAUAUGCUCAGCAUGGAGGGGGUUAUGAGGGAGACGAUGCAGCGGGGCAUGGUGCGGGCGCGGAAGGGCAGAGAGGUGCAGCUAGAGGAGGCUCUUGCUAUGGCUGUGAGGGAGGCUGCAGCGAGGGUGGGCGGGGAGCGGGGUGGGGAGGGAGCGGGAGAGGGAGGGGCGACAGGGGAUGGAGGUGACGGGGGGGGGGCAGGAGCAGGAGGAGGAGGGGGGGGAACAGGAGGAGGAGCGGGAGGAGAGGGGGCAGGAAGAUCAGGAGCAGCAGGAGGGGGGGGAGCAGGAGCGGGGGGAGCAGAAGGCGAAGCCACAGCAGCAGCAGCGACAGCAGCAGCGACAGCAGCCCCCCCUGCCCCGCUAAUGACGGUCCCUCAGAUACUGGCAUACGCGAAGCGCCUGGGCCCGCUGGUGGGCGUGUCCCCUUCGUUCCGUUACAGCACCGGCUGGCUGCGGUGCUUCCUGGAUCGCCACAAGCUCGAAGCAUUCGUUGCUGGGAAAGCCGCGCGGAAAGGGGGUGCGGCUGGAGGAGGAAUGGGGGGAGGAGGACCGGGGGCAGGAACGGGUGGAGGAACGGGGGAAGGAACGGGGGGAGGGACGGUGGGAGGGGCGGGAGGUGGGAGGGGAGGGGAGGGGGAGUGCGAACCGGAGGGGCUGAGAGGGAUUCUGGAUGAGACGUUUCAUGUGAGGCAGGAGGAGGUGGAUGCGCUUGUGAGAAUGGGUGAUCGGCUGUGGCAGAGGAAAAUGCGCAUGCACCGUGGGCACAAGGGCGGAGAGGAACUUGUGGAGUCUGAGGACGAUGAGGAGGAAGGGGAGAUGGGGAGGGGAAGAAGCGGGAGAGGGCGGGGUGGGGAUGGGGAUUGGGGGGAGGAUGGAGGGGAUGCGGGUGGUGAUCGUGAUGACUCUGGUAGUGAUGGUGGUAAUGGUGGUGAUGGUGGUGGUGGUGGUUUUUGGGGAAUGGCAGAGCGAAGCACCCACUUCCCUCUUCCUGACUCAGGGGCCUCCAGGCAGGCAGGGGGGCAUGGGGCGAGAGUCACUCGUUCCCAGCAUCUUCAUUCCCUCUCAAACCUGCCUGGGGCGCAGGUGGUGCCGCCUUCUCUUGCUUCUCUUGCGCCUAGUGGUGCAGGCACGAGGUGGGGAGGAGCAGCAGCAGCAGCGCUCGUGCCCGCGCAUGUGACCACGGCAGAGGGGAUCCUGUCCGAGCUAGCAGAUGUGCGCGUGGGGGCUCUGUCAGAAGCGCACCCGUCCCUGCUCUCCUCCUGGUCUCGCCUCUCUGCUGCCUCUCCUGCUCGUUCUGCUGGUGCUGCUGGUGCUGCUGGUGCUACUGGUGGGGGUCUAGGCGCUGCUGUUGGGGUUAUAGACGGGUCAGGGGGCAUGCUUGGCGGGAUGACUGGGGGGAGUGAGGUGGAGCUGAGAAUGGCCCGGCGGCGAAGAGACAUGCUGUCCUCUGAUGCUUUCUAUAAACGCUGGCAAGAGCAUGCGAGAGUGCGCCGAGAAGCGGGUGAGAAAGCGAGGGAGAGAGGAGGUGGUGAGGGAGGAAAGGGGGAGAGAGGUAUGGGAGAGGGAGAGGGGACGGGAGAGGGAGGAGGAAGGGCGGUCGGAGUGGUGGGAGGGGCGGGAGGUGCAGGAGGAGGGGGCGGAGAGGGGAAGAGUGGGGAGGGGGUGUGGGAGGAGGACGAGGGGUGGGAAUGGUGGAGGAGGUCUGGUGUGGUGGGGGUGCGGCAGAUGGUAGGGGCGUGGGAUACUCUCUUGGCUUUGCGUGCUGUGUGUGCGGAAAGGGAGGGUGUUGCUGGUAGGGGUAGUAAGAGUAGGGGUAGUGGCGGUGGGGAAGGGGGAGGUGGUGAUGGGAGAGUGAGAGUAGGGGGAGCUGGGGUAGGUGGGGGAAGAGGGAGAGGUGGUGGGAGAGGGGCAGGAGCGGGGAGAGGGAGGGAAGCGGUCGUGCGAUGGGGGGCUGGGUUGCAGGUGAAGCAGGAGUGGGAUGAGGUGGAGAAGAGGCGCAGGGGUGAGGAGCAGGGCGGGCCGAUAGCGGCUGCAAAACGCGGGGGGAAAGGGGGUUUUGGGGUAAGAGGUGGUGGGCGAGGAGGGGGGACGGGACAGGGGCGAGGUGGGUUUUCAGGGCUGAGAGGAGUUGGAGGAGCCAUGCUGGCAGGCCGAGGUGGGUUGGCAGGAAGGGGCGGGGCAGCAGGACUAGGUGGGGUGGCAGGAAGAGGAUGGGCGGCAGGACUAAGUGGGGCAGCAGGAAGGGGCUGGGCGGCAGGAAGAGGUGGGACGGCAGGAAGAGGAUGGACAGCAGGAAUGGGCUGGGCGGCAGGAAGAGGAGGUGGCGGGUCAGGUCCACCGCUGGGCCCCACUGGGCAACCGUCGUCCUUUGCAGCACUGCUGUCACAACUCCUCUCCUCCACUGGCCCCCCUCCUGGCACACUCACCCCUUCCGCUGCAGCCAACAUCGGCAAUCCCCUCAACCCUCACACUGCUCAGGGAUUUAGGGUUGGAGGGUUUGGGGGGGACGAAGGUGCUGCUGCUGUGGCUAAUGCUGCUGUUGCAAAUGCGUCUGCAGCUGCAGCUACUGCUGCUAGAAUGCCAUCGGCUACAGUCACCACCACUACUGUCACUCCUGCUGGGUUCACCACCACCACAAUUGUCCCCAAUAGGUAA